AUGUUUGCUACUCUGAUAUUCGUUUUACUUCUUUUCGUACCACAAUCGAUUAUUGGUGAACCAACAUUCGAAACGAUUCCAUUACGUUUCGACGCAAUCAUCCAACGAUUGCGUGGUUUUUAUCAACAUUAUCCAGAUAUUGUAAACGAUUUAGUGAAUACGCCCAUUGCAACGAUUCGAUCGGAGCUACUCUUAGCCAACAUAUCAUUUUCAAACAAUCAGAGUACUGCUUGUGAACGAGAUUUGGAAAUAUUGAUAACUGCUGCAGUUCAACGUCAAUUAUGGGCAAUGAAAGUGUUCGAUGCUUGGGGCAAACCAUUACCAUCUGGUUUAUUGAAAGGAAAUAUGUUCUGGAUAGGUAAUUAUGAUGAAUGUAUUAAUCCACUCUAUCAAAUAAACAAUAAAUCGUUCGUUCGACAACCCAUAGAUACACAAUAUUGUGCUCUUCAAUCCAGUCCCAUUAACGAACAAUUAGUAACGAGCUUUAGCUUGGUUCUCGGCCUUUGUCUACCAGCAUCUUGCAAUCGUCAAUCAAUUGUCACACUCAUCCAGGAGAUAUUCAAAGUUCAUAAUUUGACUAAAGAUUAUUUACAAUGUUCAAAUGAUCGUUCCAAUGAACAGAAUGGUCUUUCGUCAGGUACUAUUGCUUUUAGUAUCGUUUUAUCACUCUUGGCUCUACUUGUACUGAUUGGAACAAUCAUCGAUCUUGUUGUUCAUAUUAUUUAUUUGACACCCUAUUUUGGUCAUGGACCUCUUUAUCCAGUGCAACAAGGAUUCGAAUCGACCGGUUGUCGUAAUGGUCAUUGGUGGACUUCAUUUUUGUACAUUGGAAACUUUUUCAAAUCCGAUAAUAUGUGUCUCAGUGUGACAUGGUAUCUUUUCAAUGAUAUGCAAUUCCAUUGGAUUGCUCCGCUAGCAUUAAUUCCAUUUGUGAUGAGACACAAAGCUAUAAAAGCUAUUGGAUAUAUAAUGACAAUACUCUUCGUAUUAGUUAGUAUUGGAUCGAUUCUUGGUCUUCUUCUUUAUUAUCCAAGUAUGGUCACACAUGGUUUGGAUAUUUCAAGCAAUGCGACAGGUCCGAAUUUCUUCGAUAAAAUCUACGUGACUCCAUGGUGUCGCAUUUCACCCUAUGCAAUUGGACUUUUCACUGGAUUUCUUGUUAUCAAUAUGGGUCGUACCUAUCGUUUGAAUAGUUUCGUUCGACUUAUCGGAAAUCUUCUCGCUACUGCACUUGCCUUAGCUUGUAUCUUUUCGAUCUAUGGUGAUUAUGUAUUAGUACCUGGUCUCAGUCGAGCUACACUCAUUACCUAUCAAACUCUAUCUCGACCUGCUUGGUCAAUCUCGAUUGCAUGGCUCAUUUUUUUGUGUAGUAUCAAUCAAGGUGGUAUUGUCAAUCGAAUAUUAUCCUUUUCUAUUUGGACACCAUUAGCACCUUCACCUAGUUAUCUUUUAGGAACGUCUGAACAAUCAGAAAGACAUCCUGCAUGUCAAUUUAAAACAGACAAACCAUGGCUCGAUCAUCAGCUCAAUCAGGGUGAAACGAUCAAGAGACCUGAUGAACUUGAAAAAGAGAUGGAAGAUCCUCCAAAUGACGUCGAUACUGCUAUAACGGAUCGCAUUCAUGGUUCGAUGAUCGGAAUGGCAUUGGGUGAUGCGAUUGGUGCUCAUGUUGAGUUUCGACCUCGACAGUACCUCGUCCAGCAUCCAGUCACUGAACUCAAAGGAGGCGGCACUUGGGGUCUUAAAAAAGGACAGUUCACCGACGAUACGUCGAUGGCUCUUUGUCUUGCAAAUUCAUUGAUAGCUCGACACGAUUAUGUCCCUUACGAUCAACUAGUUCGUUACAAAUGGUGGUACAGAGACGGAUACAUGUCUUCUACAGGAAGAUGUUUCGAUAUUGGUGCGGCCACGAAACAAUCGCUGAGGGAAUUUGAACGCCGUCAAACAGAAUUUGCUGAAGAAUAUGGAAUUCCUCUUAAUCAAUUAGAUUUUCUUUCAGAUCCUAAACUCUUGACGAAGUUCAAGGUGAAUUGCAGUGAAGAAGGUGUGGCUGGUAAUGGAGCUUUGAUGCGACUUGCACCUGUACCACUGUUCCUUUAUAAACAUCCUACUUUUGCUGUCGAAUAUUCAGGACUUAGUGGAUUGAUUACUCAUGGUGAUGAAAAAGCUCGUGAUGCCUGUCGUUACUAUGGUGCUCUAAUUGUGGCCGCUGUCAAUGGUGCAGAAAGAGAGGAGCUACUUGACAAAAACUUCUAUCAAAAACAUGUAAAAUGGUUCGGUGGUAAACCGCUUCAUCUGGACAUUGAAAAAAUCGCUCAAGGUUCUUACCAGAAAGGUGGAUAUGAUAAAGGUAUUCGAGGUAAAGGAUACAUCGUCAAUGCUCUAGAAGCUGCUCUAUGGGCUUUUUGGUCUGAUAAUGGCUCUUUUCGAGAUGGUGUUCUUGCGGCUGUGAAUCUUGGUGAUGAUACUGAUACAACAGCAGCCAUCUAUGGCCAAUUAGCCGGUGCCUAUUAUGGUUAUAAAAAUCUACCAAAAGAAUGGACAGAAGAAGUAUAUGCUAAAAAUUUUAUUCAAUGUUUGAGCAAGUGGAUCGCUUAUGAAGGAACGAAUUGGUCGCCACAAGGAUUGAAAACUUCAGAAAUAGCUUCCGUGACUAUUAAUAAGUCAUCUUCGAAAAACGACACAAAUUCAAAUGCGUUACCCGUGUCAGCAAACAACCGAAACCAUCAACCGCAGACACCGGCAAACGAAUUAUAUGCACGAUCGGAAUCAGUCGCAACGUGGAAACAAUCUACUGACACCACAGCAGGUUCUCGACAACGAAGUCACACAUUUGCCGACACAUCAGAAACUUGGAAAUCAGGUUCAAAUGCUCCAUUUGAAGCUACUCGUCGAAAGGCAUUAGAACACGGAGAUUUCAAACUUCAGCCUCAACGUAAGAGUUUUUAA